AGCCAUUAGUCCCAAAGGGAAGUAGACAAUGUAGUGCUCUGGGCAUGGACGCUGUGCCAUGGCACCUCCACACCAGUUACCUCAAGUCGGGUUGGCAUGGCGGCAGCACGUAUGCCACGGUGCUGCCAGAUGUCCGACAGCCCCGACAGCUAGGGCAGUCAGGCCCAGCUGCGCGGAUCCCCGAGAAGGAGCUGCGACCACGCUCCGCAGGCACGCGACGAGAACAGGCUCUUGAUCCCAGAGUUCAGAAGGUUUGCAGGCUUCUACCUCUUCCAAGGAUUCAGGACAUCAGCGGCAUGUCCGUGGAAGCGCAGGGAGUCUUCCAGGAGGCAGCAAUGGCAAGUGAUGAGCGUUUGGCGGAGGCAUUGAAGAACCCCGACAACCAGCAAAUUGUGGCCAACACCAUUCAGCGAAUACGGCUGUCUGACCUCUCCUGGCUAUCAGCAGAGCCUUUGGCGAAGAUGGCAGACAACAUGAAGCAGCUGCGUGAGUUGAAUCUUCGUGGCACUCGCGCAGAUGACAAGUCCUUGGCCAGCAUCUUUGCAGGAUGUCCAAAGCUCGAAAAGCUGGACAUCAGUUGUUGCACGCUGGCUGACGUGGGGGGCGUCCAGGAACUGUUGGAGCUGCGCGACUUCAGGGCAUCAAGCUGCCAAGCGGUGACCGAAGACCUCGUCAGGUCGCUCUCGCAGCUCCGUUGGCUGGAGGUCGUUGAGCUCUCGUACACAAAUGGAGUCACUGAUCAGGCGUUGGUGCAAAUGGCUUCAGGCUGCAGGGGAUUAAAGCACCUGGCCCUGGAAUGCUGCCCGCGGUUUGCUGACGUAGGACUUUUGGCCAUCACACAGGCAAAUUCAGGCAUCCAAAAACUCCUCCUGGCCUUGAAUCGCAUCUCAGACGACGCGGCUUCCCAGGCCAUGAGUAGCCUCAAGCGGCUGAGGGUCUUGGACUUGGCUGGCUGUCACCAGCUGAGUCGUCGGCUGCCAGAUGAAAUUUCCAGGCAGUGCGAAUACCUGGAGGAUUUGAGCCUGGCGUCCAUCAGCAUGAUUCGAGAUGACCAUGUGCGCAGGAUUUUAUUGAGCUGCAAACGGCUCAGAAGAUUGGAUCUGUCAGGAUGCAAGAAUCUCUCCGUCAACCCUUUCCUUGAGGUUAUACCUCAUGCAAGAGCACUGCGCCGCCUAAACCUGUCGCUCAUACAGGCCAUCACCGAUCAGGCAGUGACUGCUAUCUAUCGAGCAUCGGUUGCCGGAGAUGGAGGCUUCGAUGCUGCUGCAAUAGCUGCGAAGUUACGCGCUGAUGCUGCAGCUGCUGAAGCAGAAGAGGAGGGAAGUGAGGAGGCAAGCGAGGAAGAGUCUGGUGGAGAAGAUGAGAAUGACAACGAAACCAAAACUCCGGAGCGGACGGCGACGUAUACAAUGCCGCUGGCACAAGACCUGUCUGCAGGUGAUGGUGCCGAAUCAUUGCUGGUGAUCGACCGAUUUGCGCAGACCCUGACCAACCCGACCGACUUGAAGGACAUCAUCUAUGUACGGCGGCUGGAAAAGGGCAAGAAAGGAAAAAAGAAGAAGAAAGGCGCCAAAACAGGGAAGAAAUGAGACCGAGCAGCAGAUCUGCAACUGGCCGGGCAAAACGUUCAAUGAGAGUGAAGGCGGUGUUAUGCAAUAUUUGCUUUGGUUUGUUCGCCAGACGCUACAUUUGAUAAUGUGCCAGAAGUCGGCAAGUUCCAGUUGGCUGUCAAAGACAUCCGCUGUAGCCUUCCCGAAGAACAUCUUCGGAAGCCGAGUUUGUGAGAGAAGGAUAAGAUGAAGAAUAUGCAAACUGUUGGUGGCAGGUGACAAUCACAAUCGGAGGGGUUGCGAAUUGGAAAGGGUGCUUGCUUUGCACCGUGUGCGACAUUCUCUGCACCUGUUGGAUCAAAGCUGCUCGCUUAGGCUGUGUUUUUCUUGUUUUUGUUUUUCUGUUUGGCUUUUGAGCGACUUGUGCAGUUUGCGUGUG